UAAACAGCUUCUACUCGUGCUUCAGUUUCGUCGCGAUAUAGCGCCACGUUCAAUUUCUAAAAUAUGUUGGCGCCAACAUCCAAAAAUCGAAAAUCCAUCACUAUUCGCAGUCCCAAUCCCACCUUUUUUAUAAUAAAGUAGGGAAAUGAACCACCAGUAUUCUCGCCAUGGCAUAUUAUGAUUUCGAGCCUCCUUCGUUCUCUCUAGGGCUCGAUUUUGACCUGUCGCAGCCCCAAAUCACCCCUCCGCCCGACCCGAUUCCUCAACCAGCUAAGCGGCCUUCAUCCGCUCCCAAUCUCCGGCCAAUUGAAGAAGAGGAUGACGACGAUUUUGAAUGCCCUGUUAGGGUUUCCGAGCCACCUCGGGCCUUGAAAAGGCUCCGCCGUGUAACCACAGCCCGGCCCCGGCCCCCGUCCCAGGAGCCCAAGGUAGACUACAAGGAUCAGUGUGUGGAUGAUGACAUUGAGGAUUUUUCUUCCGAUGAAGAUAGUCUCAGAGGAAGUCUUCCCUCUAAUUCUGUAUGUAGCAGUUCAAAACCAUCACUGCACAGGAAGAAGGUUGUAACUUCUGAGCCUGGUAUGCAAUGGAUUUCACCUAAGGGUAAAGAAUUCCCAAGUUCUUCAGCUUCCAUCAAUGUUGAAACAAGAGGCAGCAGUAUGAUAUUCCCAAAAUUAACUGUAAGUCCUCUAAGAAGGUUCCAGUUAAUUGAUUCUGAUUCUGAUGAUCCUUCCACAAUUGAAGACACGCGCAAAGAAACCCCAAGUGUGGUUUUGUCUCCAGAGGAGAAAGAAAAGGAUCAUCGUAAAGGGACUAAAACAUCAGUUGGCAAGCACCAAACCAAAGACUUGUGGAAAGAUUUAUGCCCGGAGAGGAGCUCCUGCAUUCCGACGCCUGCUUUUGAUGAGUUCUGCAAUGAAUAUUUCACUGGUUUGAAUAAUAAAAGUAUGGCCAAAAUUGACUGUAAGCACACUGGCAUUGGGGCGAACAGAGAUAAGACUUCUCUUCCUCCCGCUCAUUGCUACUUUUUCCACAAUGAUUCAAGAAUUCAGAAAUUAGUUCGAGAGCGGUUACCCCAUUUCUUCCCCUUGGAAGUAGGCAACAACCAAGACCUGAAGCAACAAAAUGUAUCAGUAAUUGAUUACAUGGGCCAGUUUGGUGGCGAACAGGAUUCUAGGCAAACCAGCCGCAAACAAACUGUUGAGAAAAAUUCCAAAAUAAGCAAAAAGAACACCAAGAGUUUGCAGGUUGAUGGGAUUUCAGAGCAUUCAGGGAAGUGGGUUACUCCUAAAACAUGUGCUGCAAAAAACGCUGGGAGCAGAAAAGAGCAAGCUGUUGGUGCAUGCAGUGGUACAUGGUACACUGGCCAAAAUGGGCAAAGAGUCUAUGUGACAAAAAAUGGGGAGGAAUUGACGGGUCGAAUUGCUUAUAGACAAUAUAAAAAGGUAUAUCCUUUUUCGACAUGCUUGUGGAUGAUGCAUUACCCUUCUCCUGUUUGGCCAAAAUCCAUUGAGUUUGAGGCUAACUUGGUUGAUGCCGCUUCGGAAGAGUUACUUGACAUGGGAUUAUAUGCUUUGCCUAAUACUGCAAUUAGUAUUGCAUAACUUGUUGGAGCAUCCUGUUUAUAAUGCAUUUGCCAUUUUGUUAAUCAUAUUGACAACACUUAAUCAAUCAUACCUGACCUUAUAUCUCAAGCUAAUUUGAUUACAUCCGUUGUGGUAACAGGAGAGCGGAAUGGGGUUCCGAAAUUCAAAGAAGAAAACAGCUGCCAAGAAGAAAACUUCUUCCAGAAAACCUCCAAAGAAAUGAUUCCCUCGUAAUUCAGAGUCCUGUUUUCACCACAUGCAUUCUCAAGCUGAUUUGUUGUAGAUAUUAUCAUAUACUAUUCUUAGUUUCAAUGGUUUUGAUCUAUUCUCUGGGUUCUUGUCUAAUUUCAGUAAUUUUUUGAAAUUUCAUUUCAAUGUCAAUACCAUUUUAUCUUUUUCA